UAUAGUUUUCCAACACCUAAAUCAGCUGUCUGUGGCGUCUACUUUUUGCCGCAAUUUCAAUCAAACUGAUUUGGAUACAAAUAGUUAGAAGCUAUGUCUGAGUCUAAAAAAAUGGAACGCAUUCAAGAUCUCGAAGACGUAUUCAAGCAACACACUGAAAUUGUACCCAAGGUGAAGGAUGCUUAUCAUAAAUCCAUUGCCCAGGUCUUUGAAGAUUUAAGUUCUUUAGAUUUAGAGCCUAUUGCUGCCGUUUUAUUGAAGCACGAAGACAUAUUACUGGAUACAACGAACUUAGCUGAAUGUAUGCGAUCACGCAUGACAAAUUUAUUGUACAAGCUAAAUGAUCAUUUCUUUGAGGAAAACGAUGUGCCCAACAAAUUGAUAACGUUAGAGGUCCUCAAGGAUAAAUUCGCCCCAUACAGAGGCACAAAUUGGAAUGUACACGAGCUCACGCCAGACGAGCGUACGCGCCCAUUACGAAUACGUCUCAUCGAUUCGAGCAUAAAAUUUCUUCAGAAGCAGUUGGAAUCGCAACAAAAAGCUCUGGAGAUUGCCUUGGCGAAAAGUCGAGAGAACCGCGAGCGCAUUCAGAACAUUCAAAAUGAACGCAUCAAGCUACAGGCACUAAUUCAGCAGAAGUCGGAGCAUUAUAAAGACGUUAAGCCAAAGCUAAUAGAACUGCAAAACAGGCUCAACGAAUUAUAAAUAUUGUGUUAUUUGUAUUUGUUUGAUGAAACAUUGAGAGAAACCAACAAAUUACUAACCUAAAAGGGUUAAAAAUGUAAAAA